AGGACCGCCAUCACCUACCUCUGUUUAGAAGAUACCGAAUCACGCAAGUAGCAACGAGCACAAACAGAACCCAAGUCACAAGUCACAAGUAAACGGGCCAAUUGAACAUGACGCUUCGUGUUUCUGCCUCGCGACCGUACGCCGCCGAGGUGCAGCGCGUCACCUCCGAAAGCGUCGCCCUGCGGGAUGAGGCACAAAGUGUGCGAGAGCGCCGGAUAGCGCUGGAGGCGGCAAUGCGGCAGGAGCGCAAUCGACGACUGCAGCAUGCUGCGCAAAGGAAAUCAACAUUACCUCGCAAAGAGGCCAAUGGUGCACCGCAGGAACAACCCCAAGCUGCGAGUUUGUCUCCUACUCCGACGGCGGAGGCAAAGCACUCCUCUCGCAGCCCUUCGAACGGCAAUGAGCUUCCGCGAGACCUGAACGAGUACCGCCGUGAAUUGGACAGCGCCAACGGAAACAAGCACACCCACCAUCCCCACUGCUACACCAGCAGUCACCUCAAUCCUGCUGACGUCCACUUUUACAAGGCGGAGGGGCGGGUGCGGGAGUACCAGCGGCACGCGCCGAGCCCACCGCAGCCGCAAACGUCGUCGCGCCAUCCGUCAGGACGCGACGAAAACCCGACCGAACUGCUCGACGUCACGCCGUCGCCCGCGGACGGCACGUCAGAGCAGUGGACGAAGUCUGCCCUGCUCCGCAUGGAGGCGAACCAGCGCAUUCUGAGGAGUAUUAAGGCACGAGAGGAGCGAGAGGCCGCGUUGCGUGCUGCUCGUGGCGGGACGCGUGCUGCUUCUGCACCGCGGCGGUACGGCGAGUCAGCCGUAGUGCAACCUCGCGCCUUCACACCCGGUGGAGCUGCCCCCGUUGUUGAGCCCGCACCAUCGGGUCGGACUCCUUCCCGACUUGCACACUCCUUCUCCUCCUCUCUUGUUCCACCCCCACCACACCACUAUGAAUGGAAGUUCAAUCCGGCGCAGAGAUCUACAGCUGGCGCCCUUGCAGCAGCGACAGUGCGGUCGAGUCCGCCGCGGGCACAACAGCGGCAAAGUCCGCCGCGGAAGUACUUCAGUGGGAGCCCCUUGCGCCGGUAUAGCAGCGGGAGUUCACCACCGAACCAUAUCACACAAAACUCCCCGUUUAAACCGUCCCUGAAAUACUCAUCGGCCUCGUUGCACACCUCAAAGGUGGAACCCAACCCCAUCACCUCCUCAGUGAGGAGGCCGGCGACGACAACGAGUUCGUGGACAUCCUUGCGCGACAGCUGGACCUCUCCAUCUCGCGGUCCGGUGCAGUCGACCUACCAGCCGAUCGCACCGCAAGCAGCGGCCACUGCCCCCAGCACACCGUGGGAGAGCCGACGCUCGUGGGAAGGGCUAACCCGGCCCCGCUCGCCUUCUCGUUUUUACGAGGAGCGAAAACCCCUUCUCCUGUCGCGCUCCAGCGCACCGGCUGGGACCGCCGCGGCCAAAGGCAAGGCCGAAGUGGAGGUUUCGCCUCUUACACCGAUUCCCGUUAUGGGAACGGCCGCGAGGAGCGCGGGCAACAGCGCUGAUCGUGUGGAGCAGCCAGCCGCGGCUACGAAUAAGUCCUCUCUUCUGGAGGGGUUUCGAAUGCCUGACACUAUUUUGAAGCGCGACGACCUGUUCCAAGGCACUGCAUGA